AUGGAUGGUCAAUUUGGUCCAAGAAGACCCCCACCUGAAACUUCCACACGAUUUUCUGGCCCUGAACGUGGACUUCCACCUCCAUUCAGAGCAGAUGUUGGAGUAUGUGCCCCACCAUUGAUUUCUAGUGGCCCAAGGACUUCCUCGCCUAGCAUUCCAUUGGAUGACUCGAUGAACUCUAAAGCUGAAGAUGCACCAUCAUUUCCAGGGGCUCCGAUCAUGAAUUCACCAGUGACCGGUCCUGCACAUCCACCACCAUCAAAAGGAUUUGCCCCUCCACCAAUGACCAGACCUCCCAACGGAUAUGGCCCUCUGCCCUUCGCUGGGCAUCCUCUACCUGUCCCAGGCCCUCGCUACAGACCUCCACAUCCAGUUAGAGGACCCUAUGGUCGCAUGCUAUAUGGGCCUGCUCCGCCCUGGAGUGGUUGUGGACCACCUCCACCGCACAGAGACUAUUGGCCAGGACCUCCCCCUCCAUUUGGCUUAAGGGAUUUUGCACCUGGAAUGAGAGACUUGCCCUCUGGUUUUCCACCACCACAUGGACCUUGGGACUAUCCCUUUCCACCCAAAAACAUGCUUCCUGGGACUGUUCCUCCACCAGGCAUGAGAGACUAUCCAGGCCCACAAGGUCCACCACCACAGAUGGGUCCCAGAGACUUCAAAGCAGGCCCCCCAGUACCACAACAGAUGAGCCCAAGGGACUAUCCUCCAGGCCCUAGUUUGCCACCACAACAGAUGCAACCCGGAGACUUCUCAAAUUCACAGAAUGGGCCAUAAAUUUCACCUAAUGGUGGUAUUUUAUUCAACUAAGCAGA